AUGGAAUCGAAUUUCUCCUUGUGCGUAUCAAUAUGGAAACAGCAACGGAAGAGAGAGAGGAGGCUUUACAUGCUACUAGUCUUGAGGUGCCUCCAAGAAAUGUCACAGCAAGUUCAGAAUGGGAUUGGAGAACAUGCUCAAGUUGGUCAAGUCAGAGCUCUUGAGAAGAAGGAGUCUGAGAUCCGCCCUUGUUCCAUAUCAUCGUCCAACUCCAUCUCGUCAACAGAAACCAUAAAACUAGGAAAAAACCAAACACUUGUGUCUCCUCAAAACAUCUUCGAGCUUGGGUUCAUCCAACUUGAGUCGCAUUGGUAUCUAGGGUUGUGGCUAAAACUAGACCCCAAGAGAACAUGUUUAUGGGCCGCAAACAGAGAUUCGCCUCUCACUGGUGCAAUUGGAACCCUCAGACUCUUGGACAGUAACCUUGUCCUUCUCGAUGGAGAUGAUUCUCCCGUCUGGCGGACGAAUCUGACCGGAGGAGGUCUGAGGUCUCCGGUAAUGGCAGAACUCCUCGAUACCGGAAAUCUGAUUUUGAGGUACGUAAGCGAUCCUGACGUAUAUUUGUGGGAGAGCUUCGCUUCCCCUACGGAUACUUUGCUUCCGCAGAUGAAACUGGGCAUUGGAACGGAGAGAGUCUUAAGUUCGUGGGCUAGGCUAGAUGAUCCAUCCUGGGCUCCCAUUCUCUGGAUUGAAGAUUACAUGGGGAGCUACACCACUGUUCUAGGGCAGUCAUUACAAAAUGGAUAUUACGUUAGUCAUAUGCACACGUGGAAUGGAUACCGGUUCGGCAAUAUGCCACCGGUGUUCAAACUGGAAGAAAAGGAAAACGCUUUUGUUAUGGUGAAAAACGAAGGUCACCACACUCGUCUGAAAAUGGGAACAGACUCCGUCUAUGAAGUUUUCACUUGGAACGCUCAAGAUAGUGAAUGGAACUUGACUUGGUCAAGCAACGACGCAUGCUACAGAAGUGAAUCAUGUGAAUCUUUCGGAUAUUGCUCCAUGAACACGUCACCACUGUGUCACUGUAUCAAUGGAUUCAGUCCAAAGUUGGAAAGUGAGUGGGCUGGUUGUACGAGAAAUACUGCUCUAGGCUGCAGUAAAGAUGCGUUUACUAAGCUUCCAAACAUGAAACUGCCCGGAGGUUCGGUGGAUAUUUGGAAUUUAUCAAGUAAUUUGCAACAAUGUCAGGAGAGCUGCCUUGUGGAUUGUAACUGUACGGCUUUUGCCGUUGUGGAAAGGAGAAAAGGCCAGCGCAGUUGUAUAAAAUGGCGUGGAGAGCUCUACGAUAUGCGAAACUAUACAGUCGGCGGCCACGACCUAUAUGUCAAAUUAUUUGCACCUAAGAAAGAAGGUCUAAAACCCUGGAUUAUAGGGAUCAUCGCGGGAGGAGUUAUUCUUCUUAUCAGCUCCUGCUUCUUCUGGAAACGGAUUCAAAGAGGCGCUGCAACUCAAGGACCAACUCAGAUAGAGAUAAUGAUGAGGAGAAUAGCAGAUGACGACAGGUUUUGUUUCAUGGAUCUUAGAACGAUGGUGGAGGCGACGGACAACUUUUCUCAGAAGAACGAACUCGGCCGAGGUGGUUUCGGUAUAGUGUAUAAGGGAGUCUUACCGGAUGGAAGAGUAGCCGCCGUGAAAAGGUUGUCUCACAUGUCUUCCCAAGGGAUCGAGGAGUUCAAGAACGAAGUGAGUACGAUUCUGAAAGUCCUGCACAAAAAUCUCGUGCGACUUCUAGGAUGCUGUUGCCAAGGGGAGGAGAAGAUUUUAAUCUACGAGUAUCUUCCAAAUGCAAGUUUGAACCGGUUUAUAUUCGAUGAGGCUCAAAGCCGAUUGUUGAACUGGAAGAACCGGUUCCGUAUCAUUGGAGAGAUUACGCAAGGCCUUGCGUAUCUUCAUAACUUCAGAGAAAGUCCCAUAAUCCACAGAGACUUGAAACCAAGUAACAUUCUAUUGGGGGAGACGAUGACUUCAAAAAUCUCGGAUUUUGGGAUGGCAAGGAUCUUACAAAUUGGUCAGCCAAGCACACAGACCGACAGAGUGAUGGGAACAAUUGGCUACAUGGCUGAAGAAUACGCCAUGUCUUAUAUCAUAUCCGAGAAAUCCGACGUGUUCAGCUUGGGGGUUAUGAUCCUCGAGAUAAUCACGGGUCGGAAAAAUUACGAAUUCUGCAACUCAAACCCUGGAGACAGCCUUCUCGGCUUAGCGUGGAGGCAAUGGGAACAAAGCACUGGGCUCAACCUUGUAGAUCCUCGUUUCGAAGACGGUUCGUUGGUGGAAGAGGAAGUCGUACGGUGCUUACAGGUCGCACUUCUCUGUGUGCAAGACGACCCUGAGGACAGACCAAGCUCGGACUUUUUGGUGGUCAUGUUAAAAAGCAGGUCAAUCGAGCUUCCUCUACCGAGAGAGCCGCAUUACUAUUACGCAAGAUUCCUUGGUGAGCAAGCUGCUUCAUCUUCUUCUUUGGCUCAAGGGAUUGGAUCCACUGCUUCAUCGUCUUCUUUGGCCCAUGGUAUUGGAUCGACUACUGUCCUUAGUGAUGUCAAUGACAUAACUGUUUCUAUCGUGCAAGCUCGCUGA